GAAACGAAGCCAACGCGGCGAUUGCAGCUGUUCAGCGCGAAACUGGCGAAACGUAGCAGCAAUGUCUCGUUCUUUGAAACACAGCAAAGUGUUUGACGACUCCAAGGGUCGUUUCUUCCUCGUUCUGCUAACAGAGGAGGAUGACGCGAGGCUGUCAAAGCUAAGCCUGUCCAUUACGGACGGCAACAACGUUUGGAAAGCGACGACGAGUUUCGAGGAGUCGUGCGGAUCGCUGAACUCACGUCGGGAGGAAAACGUAAAACAUUUAAUAAGGCGCGUCGGCAACUGCAGACUCGAAACUUGCGACGAAACGGAUGAACUGUCCGUCAUGUUCGUGCCUCCCGGGAAGACCUACGAGCUCAAGUUUAAGAAGGCCACCGGUGCGAGUGCUGCCAUAGAACGUCUCGACCUGCUAGUAGCGGUAGCCGAUGCCGGAGAUCUCAAGACGCUCGUGGACUCUGCCGAUAACGACGCGUUGUUGGUCGCGCCAGCUAAUAAGAGGAGCAAGUCUCGCAAGGAAGCUGCGCCAGUGGAGAAGGAAGGCAUGAGCCUCUUAAACCCCAGAAGUAGGAAAAUCCCGACUAAAAGGGGUAUCGAUUUUGACUGACUUGACACAAGCCGUCUGGUUGAAGAGCGUUGAGUUUAAGCAUGUGAUUGCUUUUUCUGCGCUCUCUUUAUGGUCACAUAGCACGCAGCGUCACCGAUUAUCUGCCAGUUCUGCGAGUAUGUCACAUCCGGCUUUAGCGCGUGUUCAACUUUUACGAAAGUGCUUGCGAACGUGAGAAUUGUUGAACCAUGCAGUGAGGUGAGCCAUUUCGUAUAUUUAUUGUCCAAUGCUGUCGUCAGCGGAACAAAAUGUUUGGUUGUUUGGUGCUUGUUUACGGUCAUAAUGCAAUGCGGAUACACACAAAGCUUGAGCGAACUUUUGAGAAUAUGACAGGCACUCUAUGCCAGUUAAAUAUAUAGUUAUUUAAAACUGUGGCUCCUGCUGUGCGUGUAAUGACGGUCAUCACCUUGAUAUUAAGAUGCGUUGUUAUUAAUUAAUGUGGCUGUGGCAUCUGAGCAUUGUAAAAAACAACAAAUGAGCAUCUUGCGCUGCCUCUCAAAGUGGCACUGUAUGUAUGUGCUUGCAUUGCGUUAGUUAUGACAUAAUUAACGCAGUGCGAGCAUGCACAUACAGCUACAUCCUAAAGCUGUUCUCGUGGUUUCAUCAAUCCAACGUGGAGCAAGUCUCAGGCCCGUUGCGAGUAUUGUGCACUGCAAAAGCUAAGCUCUGUUCAGGUGCCCCACUCCAUGCAAGUUGGGAAAAACCAUAAAAAGCCUUUAUAGAACUUUGAACUGCAAAGCACUGCUUUGUGCGAGACUUUCAGCUGUGUGUUACAGAGUCUGGAGCUCUCUUGUAAAUAAAUACGUCGUUUUCAUCAUGACUCCACUUAUCGUUCAUUAACACGCUACAGCCAAGUAUGUUUUUAUUCAUCGUUUAUUU